CGCUGCAGAUGGGUUUGUUGAUAUCCUGUUUGGUAGUAUUAAUUUAGACUUAAGUAUUUCAUAGCUACAUUUAUCCCUAGCGUGGGAUUUGUGUUUCUUUUCCUUUUUCUGUCAGUUGGACUGAAACGUUGUCUUUAUGAAGGGCUGAUGGAAGACACAAGGGAUUUGGCUGAACGCACCCCACGUUCAGAGCGGAAGAGGAGAGACUCCUUCGGGAUGUUUGAUGGCUACGACAGCUGCAGCGAGGAGUCCACCAGUAGCUCCAGCUCAGAUGACAGUGAGGAUGAGGUUGUGCCCUCCAUCCCUGCCAGCCUGCCCAUCAUCAAGAACAAUGGACAGGUCUACACCUACCCUGAUGGCAAAGCUGGGAUGGCAACCUGUGAGAUGUGUGGAAUGGUUGGAGUACGAGAUGCUUUUUACUCCAAAACCAAGCGCUUCUGCAGCGUGUCUUGUUCCAGAAGUUACUCCUCAAAUUCUAAGAAAGCCAGUAUCUUGGCAAGACUUCAGGGCAAACCUCCAACAAAAAAGGCAAAAGUCUUACAGAAACAGCCUCUCAUGGCAAAGUUGGCAGCAUAUGCCCAGUACCAAGCUAGUCAGCAGAACCAGGCCAAGUCAAAGGCCAUCGUCCCUCCUGAGAGCUUUGAAUGGGGGAAGUAUAUCUGUAGCCAUAACACGGUCGGGGCUCCUGUCAGCUGCUUCAAACACGCCCCCAUGGGGACGUGUUGGGGAGACAUAGAAGAAGGAGUGAGGAUUGAAGUGCCCAACUCAGAUACCAACCUUUCCACCAAGGUGUACUGGAUUGCAGAAAUCAUAAAGCUAGCAGGGUUUAAGGCCUUCCUCCGGUACGAGGGCUUUGACAACGACACCAGUAAAGACUUCUGGUGUAACCUCUGUAUCCCUGAGGUGCACCCGGUGGGCUGGUGUGCUUCAAACGGCAAACCCCUUGUCCCUCCAAAAAGUAUACAGCUAAAGUACUCAAACUGGAAAGCCUUCCUUGUGAAGCGUCUCACUGGAGCGAAAACACUGCCGUCGGACUUUAAUACCAAGGUACAUGAAAACAUGCAGUUCCCCUUUAAGAAGCUGAUGCGGGUAGAGGUGGUGGACAAGAACUACCUGUGCCGGACACGGGUGGCGCUGGUGGAGCAGGUGAUUGGAGGUCGUCUCAGGCUGGUGUAUGAGGAGAGCCAGGACAACUCCGACGACUUCUGGUGCCACAUGUACAGUCCUCUCAUCCAUAACAUUGGCUGGUCACGAAGCAUCGGACACCGCUUCAAACGGUCAGAUGUUGGAAAGAAAGCUGAGGGUCAAGUUGAUGCUCCUGCACAGCUCUUCCAGAAGGUAAAAGAUGUGGACCAGAAUGGGGACUGGUUUAAAGAUGGGAUGAAACUGGAAGCCAUCGAUCCUCUAAACCUCUCAGCUAUAUGUGUAGCCACUGUAAGAAAGGUGUUGGCAGAUGGGUACCUCAUGAUUGGGAUAGAUGGUUCAGAGGCAGUGGACGGGUCAGACUGGUUUUGCUACCACGGUACCUCCCCCUCAAUCUUCCCUGUUGGCUUCUGUGAAAUCAACAACAUUGAACUCACACCUCCAAGAGGGUACACUAAACUGCCAUUUAAAUGGUUUGACUACCUCAGAGAAACAGGUUCAGCAGCUGCUCCUGUCAGACUCUUUAACAAGGAGGUUCCCAAUCAUGGUUUCCGGCAAGGCAUGAAGCUGGAGGCUGUUGAUUUGAUGGAGCCACGGCUGGUGUGUGUUGCCACAGUAACGAGGAUCGUGCACCGGCUACUGAGGAUUCAUUUUGACGGCUGGGAAGAUGAGUAUGACCAGUGGGUGGAUUGUGAGUCACCAGACCUCUAUCCGGUGGGCUGGUGUCAGCUGACGGGCUACCAGCUGCAGCCACCCGCCUCACAGAGUUACAGAGACAUGCCCCAGUCCAUGCCCAAGCAGAAGAAGAAGGCCCAGCAAUACAAAGGCCAGAAGAAAAAGAGGAAGAUCCCAGUUGGUCGACGGCCCUUCAGUCAGGCAGGCAGGAGGAGGAGCAGCUUCUCAGGGGAUGAAGAACAGAGUCCACCCCCUUACCAUGCCCUAGGGCCCUCUCGGCCCCGGCCUCGAACCCACCUCCAUCAAACUCUCCAAUCAGAAUCUCUGCUGCGGAUGAAGGAGGAACCGGCCGAGGUGGACGAGUUCACCUUCUCCCAAGGCACCUCGGACCAGGAGAGCAACGGUUCCGGCAGCUACUACAUCAAGCAGGAGCCCUGAGGAGACAGGAGGAGCCCUGAGGGGACCAUUUUACCCAGUUCCACCUACAUCUUCCUCAGUUUGUUCUGUAUAUAACUGGGCGGAGAGGAGGGAUCUCAUCUUCAUCACAGAGCUCCACAUAGAGACCUGGAGGAAGGCUUUUCCUCCUCCUCAUCUUCAUCAUGGGGCUCCACACAGAGACCUGGAGGAACUGAUGGUGGGUUUGGGUCUUUAGAGCGCAGCCAGUUGGAUUUUUCUUUAACUCUACUUGAAAGCAAACUUUUCUAGGGAUUGUGGGGAUGUUUGUCUUAAUGCUGUCCUGCUGGUUCACCUUCGUCUUCAUUCUUACUUUAUUCAGAACCAGCGAGGAGGCUUCUCUGGGUUCAGCUGGUGAUUUGUUUCGUCCCAACUCAGUUCCAGUUUGUUUAAACAUUAAAAGCUUCCUGGUUUUUCCAGCUGUAAACAGUAACAGAAAUCCUCCCAGUCCUGCAGGUCCUUCACGUGGACGUUUUAGAACUGGUCCGGCUGAGUAACGCUGCCCUCAGGUUACAGUUCAGUUGGCAGGAUCAGCACCAUCUACAGAGCUGAUGGGGAUGUUUUCUGCUCAGAU